GCAGUUGCAUUUGUCCGUUAAUACUGAAUUUAAAUGAAAUUUUACACUUCGUUUAUUAUCAGCGUUUGUAUGUUUUCUGUAAUAGAUGCAGCUGAGCCUUCCACAUCGUCCAUUCCUGUAACCAAAAAAGUGUCUGUUUUGAACGAGUCUUCGGAGACUUCCACAGCAUUUAUACUACAGAAAUCAGCUUGGGGAAAUAGAAAUGCAAUAGCGGAAUUAAUCGAUAAUGUAAAAGAUUUGACGGAACAUAUUUUACGGCUAGUUAAAAGCCAGGUGCGGGCAAUGCAGAGCGCGAUGGACCAAUUUGUAACCUACGUUAUCUCAGAAACUAUAAAUUAUGAGCGUGAUGUAGAGAAUAUUGACAAUAUGACCCAGGAAAUAUUCAAGGAAAACCAGUUAGACCCGGUGGGAAACAUUUGUGUUUUGUCGGUUAUGGUGAAAUUUCAGAUUCAGCUCGCAUCAAGUGCAGUUGCUGGUUAUCAAUGUCUCCGUCCAGCAGUGCAAGCCGUGAUCGAAUUACAAAAACUGACUAACAAAUACACUAAAGAAAUGACUAGUGAAAUAGCAGCUUCUACUCGGAAAUUUGAAGAGUGCUCGAAUACAGGAUGCAAACAGGAAUAUAUCAAAGAAGUGGACAUUGCCUCUACUAAAUACUCUGAAAAAUUCCAAUCCCUUGAGGGAAAUAUUCUGAAAAGUCUAGCUAAGGCGCGCGAGUUGUAUCUCAGUUGUAGGAGGGAAGCGAUUUCAGCCGUAACGUAUGGUCAGGAUGAUUCAUUUAACUACAUUCGAUCGUGUCCUGAAUGGCGGUCCACAGUAUUUUCAGAUAAAUUUAAUUGUUUUAAUUCACGUUUCAAUAAAUGAUUACAACUCAUUGUGGAUAAGUAA